AUUAGAAAGAAAGAAGGGCUCUUUCCUUUCUAUCGCCGCCAUGCCGUCCAGACUGAGGAAGACCCGGAAACCCCGGGGCCACGUGAGCCAUGGCCACGGCCGCAUUGGUAAACACCACAAGCAUCCAGGAUGCCGCGGGAACGCUGGAGGCGUGCAUCACCCCAGGAUCAACUUCGACAAAUACCAUCCAGGUUACUUUGGUAAAGUUGGUAUGAGGCAUUACCGCUUAAAGAGGAACCAGAGCUUCUGCCCGACUGUCAACCUGGAUAAGCUGUGGACAGUGGUCAGUGAGCAGACACGGGUCAGUGCUGCCAAGAACAAGACUGGAGCUGCUCCCAUCUCUGAUGUUGUGCGAUGGGGCUGCUACGAAGUUCUGGGGAAGGGAAAGCUCCCUAAGCAGCCUGUCAUCGUGAAAGCCACAUUUUUCAGCAGAAGAGCUGAAGAGAAGAUAAAGGGUGUUGGAGGUGCCUGUGUCCUGGUGGCUUGACCCACCCAGGGAGAUUAAUUAAAUGCUAACAUUUUC